AUGUCAUCAACACUCAUAUAUGAAACAUUAUUGACACGUUCAAUUAAAUUUUGGAUUUUAUUGAUUCUUCAAAUACCAUCUAUUUUCUGUUCUAUUUUCAUUUUAUAUCAUAUGUUUGUAUCACGAAAACAACGUCAAUUGUUAGCUAAUCAUGUUAUUAUUAUAAUGCUUAUUGUUAGUCUUCUAAGUACUAUAAUUGAUCUUUCAAUUACGUUAAACUAUUUACAAAAUAGAAUUGUUCAUCUAUCAUCAUCAUAUUUUUGUUAUUUUUGGAUGUAUAUUGAUUAUGUAUUAUAUGCAAAUGGAAUGCUUCUUAUGACAUGGGUAUCUAUUGAACGUCAUAUACUUGUUUUUUCUUAA